UGUUAUCUGUCCAGUGUCCAUACGAGUUUCAACGAAACAUGUUGUCAAUAUACUGAUUAUGAGGUGUAUUAAAUAGUAUAAUUUCUUCUUUAUUGAUAACACGUUGAACGUGUUUGUUUUGAAAAUGAUUACAAACUGUGACAGUGAUUUUAGUUUGUUUCUUAUCAAACAAAACUUAUCAGGCAAAACAAGUGUUAACACUCAGCCAGAUUUGUGAACAAUAUUGUGAAUGAUACAAAGGAAAAUGCACGCGUACAAAUUGAAGCCAGUGUUUUGUUUGGCAGGAGUUACCAAAACGGUCGUGAGAACCGCAACGGUGAAUGCCACACAGACAGAUAAAUUGCCUGUCAAAUCAUGCAAGGAUAUUCCCGGACCUUCUUCUCUACCUCUCGUAGGUCCAAUGCUUCAUUUUCUUCCUGGAGGAGAUAUGCACAAUUUGGCGGCAUUCGAGUUCGGAGAGGCUCUUUAUAAGAAGUAUGGACCUAUUGUUAAGUUAUCUGGAUCGUUUGGUAGAGACGAUAUUUACCUAUUAUUUGACGCAGAAGCCUCCGCGCAGGUACUCAGAUCUGAAAACUGGUUACCAACGAGACCUGGCAUGGAAUCAUUGGUAUACUACAGAAAAUCAACGAAAAAGUCUGAUCAACCGACAGGGUUGGUUUCUGAUCAAGGAGAACAUUGGAAACAGUUCCGCUCUACAGUGAACCCAGUCAUGCUGCAGCCAAAAACCAUAAAAUUAUAUAGAAAUGCACUUGAUGAGGUGGCUUUGGAUAUGGUUAAAAGGAUGAAAUCUAAUCGCGGUGACGACAAUAUACUCAAAGGCAAGUUUGACAUGGAAAUGAACCUUUGGUCCUUAGAAUCAAUAGGUUUAGUGGCCCUCGGGCGUCGUCUCAACUGCUUCGACCCAAACCUACCACCUGAUUCUCCAGCAAAAAAACUGAUUCAGGUCGUACGUGACAUAUUUGAAGCCGCCAAUGAUUUAGAUUUUAAGCCUAGUUUGUGGAGGUAUUAUUCUACAAAAGCCUUUAAGAAUGCUAUGAGGGUUUACGAGGAGCAAGAAAAGAUUGCAAAAUAUUUUAUCGACAAAACUAUACUAGAUCUUAAAUCUGGUAGCAAAACAAAGCCUGACGAUGAAAAGGGUGUUCUAGAAAAGCUACUUGAUAUAAAUGAAGACGUUGCGCUAAUAAUGGCUUCAGAUAUGCUCCUGGCCGGAGUGGACACGACUUCAAAUACAAUGACUGCAACACUGUACCUUCUGGCAAACAAUCAAGAGAGGCAAGAUAAGCUGAGAGAAGAAAUUCUAUCUAAAUCUGAGAAAAGAACCUAUCUUAAGGCCUGCCUUAAAGAAUCGCUGAGAAUGAUGCCAGUAGUUACCGGAAAUGCCAGACGAAGCACUAAAGACUAUACUCUUCUCGGAUACCACAUACCGAAAGGAUCGACCAUUACAUUUAUGCAUCAAGCGAUGUCUAUACUUGAGGAAUAUUAUCCACGUCCAAAGGAAUACCUCCCUGAAAGAUGGAUCGUUGGUAAAGAUGACCCAUUGUUUCAUGGGAAUUCUCAUCCUUUCGCGUACAAUCCUUUUGGAUUUGGGGUGCGCAGUUGUAUUGGGCGUCGGAUAGCCGAGUUGGAGUUGGAGACCUUUCUGUAUAGGUUAAUAGAGAAUUUCAAAGUGGAGUGGUUUGGAGCCCCCAUCCAAGCUACGGCAUCAUCUUUGAACUACAUAACAGGACCUUAUAAUUUUGUAUUUAAAGACGUAUAAGAAUGGAAAGCUGAAACAACGAUAAAGACCCAUAUACUUUCUAAAUUUUCAUACGCUCGCAGCAGCAACAUGCUCGUAAAUAACGAGAUGCUUUCAUGAUACAUGCGACGCCGACAGAUGACACAAUUGAAAAAAAAACCAUUACAAGUUUAAUGAAGAAACGUGCAGAUGCAAGACUAUAAAUCAAACAUACUUCAACAACAUUUUACUAACGAGAUAUUAAGAACAUGAACACUCAUGAUUCGUCAACGUAAACCUAAAGACCAUUUUCAUUAUCACUGAAAGAGAUUAAAAUUCAAGGGGAAAUCAAUUUUCACCGUUUUAUCGCGCGCAUUAAUUUGUUCAGGUGGGGAUUCUUGGAUGGCUCAAACUUUAAGUGUAAAUGUGAUUGUGUUCCCUAAGUAGUCGAUGAAGGACAAUGUGAUGUUGUGCCCUGUGUGCCCAAACAACUGCACGCAGAAAGGUUUAAUGAAUGCUACUGACAACGCCAUUCUUGUAGCGGAGAUUUCGGCUGACACUGUAUAGGUAUCUAUAGGUUUGUUGUCGACACGACAAGAAGAAGAAUCAUUAAUUUUAUAAGUCACCAAACUAUGUAGCAUUGCCGUGGGUGGAUUAACAAUCAAUCGCGUUACAAAACACAUUUUUAUAUGAUACACCUGAAUAAUUUUAAGUUUAAAUCACAAAAUAUUAUUGUACGUAUGUCACUGACGAAGUCAGAGGACAGACUGAAGGAGUUACUACAAGUAUAUGUGCAAGUAGUGCAGAUAGUGAUGUGACGUUUCUAUAAACAAUAAGAGUGAGCGGUGGUGGUUAAGCUAUCCCUUUCACUCCUUGUGAUUGUAUGUUUUUAAGUUUUCUAUAGGUUACAGAUAACGCUACCUGCUAAUUAGCAUAUUUUGAGAUAAGAUUUAGGCUAACAUGUGGUAUUUUUUGUUAUCUCCACUCUCUAUUGUUAAUGUAUAAUUGCAAAGGAAUGUUAAACUAGCUGAAGUACGUACCAACCAAACUUCCCCUAAAAACAAAACUUGAACUGGAAAAGGGUUAUUAUUAAAUGUAAAUGUUUUCUGUUUUUUAGAAAUUACCGUAAACUGUAUUCAAAUCACCUCGGUGCUGCAAU